CAGCAGCAGCAACAGUAGUCGUAGUGUUUGAUUGGGAAAAAUAAGUGCAUCGUUGGAAAUAGAGAAUCGAUUCCUUUAUGAUUGAUUGUGCUCUGAAUGAUAUUGGCAGAAAACAAAAUUGAGUCCAAGUCAAGUUUGCCUGGGGAUUGUGUUUAGUGUAGUGAAAGUGAUUUGAAAACGGAGAAGAAAAUUGAUGUGCCAGUGAAAAGUUCAUUGAUUGCAACAAAACUAGUGACGCGUCAUCGGGCAGCAUCUUAGAAUCACGGUUAGGGUAGGUAGGCAGUGCCAGCAGGAGAAGCAAACAACGUUCAGCAGUAAAUCGCUCGCAACCGCUUGAGCGAACUAGUCAAUUUUUCACACGGAGACCGGUUCAAUAAAACAGCCUCAAAAUUAGUAACAUCAUGGCUUUCGCUGGUCUGAAGAAGCAGAUCAACAAAGCGAAUCAGUAUGUUACAGAAAAAAUGGGCGGUGCGGAAGGCACCAAACUGGACCUGGACUUCAUGGAAAUGGAAAGAAAAACAGACGUCACGGUAGAGCUGGUCGAAGAGUUGCAAACGAAAACGAAAGAAUACUUGCAACCGAAUCCGACGGCCAGAGCGAAGAUGGCAGCGGUCAAAGGUAUUUCUAAAUUAUCAGGUCAAGCUAAAAGUAAUACUUAUCCACAACCAGAAGGUAUAUUGGCCGACUGUAUGCUGACAUACGGUAAAAAGCUCGGUGAAGACAGUAUUUUCGCCGGCGCCCUCGUUGAGAUGGGCGAUUCGCUCAAGCAGAUGGCCGAUGUGAAGUACUCGCUCGAUGAUAACAUCAAGCAGAACUUCCUCGAGCCCCUGCACCAGCUGCAGACGAAGGACCUGAAGGAAGUUAUGCAUCACCGCAAAAAACUCCAAGGACGACGUCUUGAUUUCGACUGCAAAAAGCGACGACAAGCCAAAGAUGAUGAAAUCCGAAGCGCCGAGGAGAAGUUUGCCGAAUCCCUGCAGCUGGCGCAGGUUGGAAUGUACAAUCUGCUGGAGAAUGAUGUAGAGCAGGUUUCACAACUAGUCACAUUUGCCGAAGGAUUGUUGGAAUUCCAUUCACAGUGCUCCGACAUCCUGCGGGUACUCGUCGAAACACUGAACGAGAAACGAGAGGAAGCCGCCAGCCGUCCGAAGUCAGAGUUCGUCCCCAAGACGCUAGCGGAUUUGAACAUCGAAACACUCGGUUCCCAGGAUGGAAUGAAUGGUGGGCCACAUUUCCUUAAUCCCAAUACAGUAAAAAAUUCCCAUCACCACAUGUACAGUUCUCAGCAAAAUUUAUCCACCCACCAACACGGCAACAGCAACUAUUAUGGCAACAACAACAACAACAAUAAUAGUAGUAACUUUAACCGGAACAAGCUGUACGGGUCACAGCAAAGCCUAUCGUCGCUGUCGACGAGAAGCGGUGGGGCCGGUAGUACCGGUGGAGGGGGCGGCGGUGGUGCGGCAGUCCACAGUCGUGAAUCGUUUCGAAAACCUCCCCCGUAUGGGUUGGUUGUGACCAAGCAAGACUCCUCCGGGUCGAACGUUGACAACUGGCUGAAUGCGUGGGAUCAGCCGUCCAGUGCCGUUCCGACCCCAGCUGCCGCCGGUUCCUCCGCGCGUGGCUAUUCCAAUAAUAAUGGCAAAUUUUCAAAUUUUAAUAGCAGUAACAACAACAACAACCACAGUGUGUAUAAUACUAGCUCCACUACCACUAUCAAGUCCGGGUCAAAAUUCGCUAACAACAACAACAACUUUAACGAUCCCUGGUCAGGCGGUUCAUCAUCACGUCUCAAUUCACCGGUCAAUAAACCGACACAUCUGGAACUUUUGGGUAACGGUCAGGCGCAGGCGCGUUCCACCAAUGCUUCCCCAUUGCCAUCGCCCAUGCGGUCACCAGCGAGGACGCCGAUGCCCGCCAAGCCGACACAACCCUGCUGUACGGCGCUAUACGAUUUCGAGCCGGAGAACCCGGGAGAGCUGGGUUUCAAGGAAAACGACGUCAUCACGCUCAUCCAGCGUGUGGACGAGAACUGGUUCGAAGGCAGCGUCAACGGCCGGACCGGCUAUUUCCCGCAGUCGUACGUGCAGGUCACCGUUCCAUUGCCCUAAGCUGCCGGUCGUGUCCGAGCGCAUGGCUACAGCCUACGGCAUCUUCAUCAGCUAGGUUUUUAUUUUAUAAUUUUCGAAUUUCUUAUUUUUUAAAGUUUGAAAUCGUAACUCGCAACUCUGCCGCCUCCCGCAGACUCAUUAUCCUAUCGAUAGCUAUAACAGAGCUCUAAGCCAAUAACCCUUAUAUUUGUUUCUAUUGGUUUCGGAAAUGCUUCGGAAGCCCGUCAAACGCAUGGAACACGCAAUCUGUAGGGGUAGGGGCCGACGCACGAGUUGUAGUCGCAGGAAGUUGCAUAAUACUAUGUGACAAAAAAAUAGAUUUUACUAGAUUACGAAAAAAACAAGAUAUUGAAACUAUGAAGUAUUUACAAGGAGAUUCAUUGCAGUUCAAUCGAAAUUUGUCUGUUUCUGUUUUACACGUGAGGCAGACAUCACGGAAACCAGUCUAAGUCUAUAUUCAUGUAACAAUGAAAGGUACGUGUAAGGUGUUAACUAUUAUCCAUAAUGAGAUGUGGAACAGAGGGAAGUGGACCGAUGGCGGAAAACUUCCAACAUAUGUGUAUAGUUAGGUACCAUGGAUGGGUGAGAUUGAUUGUUGAGUUUUGAGUAUGAUCCUUGGCGCGUAGAGUCGCACGAUUGCGAAUUUAGACAUUUAACCUUUGCGCCCCCCUGACGUGUGUUGAAUUGAUGUUUGGUAUGUCUUUUGCUCUUUUCUUGUUUUUUAAAUAUUUUAUGUUUAAACCAUUUUCAGGCAUUAUCUUUUUGUAUUCUACAAGUGAUCUAAGCAUAGAUAGUUUCUUGAAAUUUCCACAUAUGUUUUCGAUUCAGUGUAUUUGGAUUUUUAUUUACAAUUUGUUUUUAUUAUUAUUAUUCAGCCUGUUGCUUGUUUCCUCGCCCUUACUCCUGAUUAAUUAGCUAUGUGUUAAAAAUGUAAAAAAAACACAAUAAGAGGUAAAAUGGGAUACCAAAGAUAUUAACAUACGAAAUAAGUCAGCGACGUAAAGGUUAACACACUUCACACACAGACGGAUACCAGUAGUCUACUGACUCAUAUAGUCUAGCAUCUAGCAAAUGUCACACACAUACACGCUUUUAAUGCCUACACAAAGAAGAUAGCCGAAUUUCAGUAGUGAUCAUCAUGAUUUUCUUUUCCGUGACGACGAACGCCUGCUAGUUCUUAGGUUUAGGGCAAGACAGAAAGAGACAUUAUUGAAUUUUAAGCAUUACCAACAGAUUUUAUUCAUAUUGAGAAAAAUCUUUAAAUAAAUAAUCCUAAAACGCGCCGCUUGACCAGCCGCAACCGUUCGUCUUCAGUUGUUAGGUUUUAGCACUAACUUAGUUUAUAAAAGAGUGAUUCUGCGCCAGAGUGUGGGUACGUGCGAGUAUGCAAAUUAGUCAAAUGAAGCGGUUAUUUGCUCUCAUGUUAUAUAUAUUUGAGUUCAGUCAGACGUGUGCGUUCGAGCGGAUGUAUGUAAAGGGCUUAACAUUUGAGAGCAAGAAGAUGGUUUCGUGAGAAUUUCGCCCCCCGUGUGCAAACUGAGAGUUUAACAGAAAAGACUUUCCACGGCUAACGCCUAAACAAGACGUGACCUUUUGCAUGUUUGGCACUGAUGUUCUCGGUUAAUCUAGUGUCACGUAGAAUGUUACGUUAUUUGGUUCUAAUUGUCCUCAUGUUUUGUUCUUUCAUUCGAUUCCAUCUAUUCAAAAACAGGAGCUAUAAUCUAAAUGAGUAUUAACUGUGUAUAUAUUUUUAAUGGGUUUCGUUGAAUAAACUCUUCAAAUGCUAGUCGGCGAUAUGCGACUAAAGUUAGUUUUGGGUUCGUUGUUUCUCAAUUACUUUUUUUUUAGAAAGAAAUCCUUUGUUCCCUUAUUUCCUGUUAGUUUUGUUGUUUUUUAUUUCUGUGUUUUCUUUUAUUAUGAAGGAAGAAAUUAUUUGAAUAAACAUAAGAAAUAUGUAGAUAGGAUAUUGAAAGCUUUUCAACUCAAAAAGUCUAACAUGGUGAUUGUUUAUUUUGUUUCGUUAUUAUCAGAUAUAAUUUACAUAAUUAUUAAAUAAAAUUUUAUUAGUUGAUAAUUCAAAGUUUUAAAAUCAGUAUAGAUUGGUGAGUCAGUUUGUUAUUCUUUACGUUAUGUUGUUUGACCUGAGUUUAUCAUAAUUUGGGCAAGAAUUGGUAGGUUUUGUUCUUUUAUAGACUAAUAGAAUACUAAGUUGAAAAACAGGCCAAGUUCCAGUUCGAAUGUAGAGCCUUAGAGAAAGAGAAAGAAGAAAGUUUGGUUGUGAGCGUGGUCUUUUCAACAAGUAGGUACAUUUUUUGAAACUUAUUUACGUGGGGCUCCUAUCAUUUUUUCCAAAAAAAGCGGAAGAGUACGGAGGGAUUUUUUGUCCAUACUUAUAUACUAUGUGCACUUUCUAGGGCAUUAAAACGGAGUUUCGCCAAUAGAUCAGGAUAGCCGAUGUUGUUUUGCAGCAGGUCAAAUACGAAAAGCCUCUGAUGAAGCAUUCUCCUAACCCUCAAAAUAGGCAUAAGAGUUUGCAGCGGGGCUCAUAUGGCGGCAGUACACGAUGAUUUUUAAAGGGAAGCAUUUGAAGCGCAAAUCUGAUGAACGCUUUCUGGACGAGCUCGAAACCCCCUUUUUGCGUGGGGAGAAAUAAAUGUCUGGAAGAGCUUUCGUGAUGCCGUCAGCAUCAAAGAGUGAUCCGGUUUGCAUGCUUUAGGGGAUGCACUGCUUUUCAAUCACUCCCUUGUGGAGAAAAUCUUAACUUCAGCUUUUAAUAAGGCUUUUGCGUAACCCGUAUCACUCUUCACAUGUCUUUGGCGUCUUCCAGUAGCGCUUUCAUUCUUCAAUGGGUGAUCGGACUGCCUAAGUCAGUCUAGUCCUCUCGGGUGGAGCAAAGCGUCCGGUUCAAUGGCACCCCGACAUCCAGAAACCGGUAAUUAUUGCGUCACGAUCUACUCGGUAUUCUCCGGAGAUGGAAUGUUCUCCAAAACCGACCUCCCCAAGCUAUUCAACUUCCAGCUUCAUCGUGGUCUACUCAGAUAGUCCUCCGCGGUGGAUCUAUCCUAAUCAUAUCGACUGUUCCCAGAUAGUGGAAGCUUCCCAGUAACUGACCGUAUUUCAAUGCUCUUUCUAGGGCUGCUACAUUGCUCUUUUUUCAUUUGAUCGUGAGAAUUUUUAGAUUUUUAGUUCUUCACUCAUCGAGGAUACCAAGGCCAGGGGCACUUCACAAAAAUGGAUUUUUUUUAUUGACGCCUUGUGCGUUUUGCGGGCUUCGUGGCCAUGCGUUAGGAACGUCUGUCGUUUAAACACACGCCCCGGUUACAGAUGAAAUUUUUUGUAUUCGAAAAAUUCUCCACUCCACUGAGUGUAAUGUGUCCGAUGUCUCUCAUGCUAGGUGUUAAGUGUUUGCUUUUCUGAGAAAAGAUUAUUAUUUAUUUAUUCAGACUAAGGCCGAAGUGGCCUGUCGAAGUGGCUCGGUCCAUGACUACACGUCGCCAACCACGCAGCCUACGGAGGGUCCGUUAGUCAUCUUCCACCUAAUCGAUCCACCUUGCCCGCUGCGCACCUCGCCUUCUUGUGCCCGUUGGAUCGUUGUCGAGAACCAUUUUCACCGGGUUACUGUCCGACAUUCUGGCUACGUGCCCGGCCCACCGCAGUCGUCCGAUUUUCGCGGUGUGAACGAUGGAUGGUUCUGACAAAAGAUACUGAUGAAAUGAUGGGAUAUUGAUCUCAGUUAUCUAUCCACUCUUCAAACAAAGUGCAAUGUUCGUCAUGGAGAAAUAUUUUUUUACCGCUUUUUUUAGCAACACGCUCGCAACGUGAAUAAACACCGAACUGCGCUGGUUAUCAGAACGGAGGACGGAAUCACCUCUUUGUGCGCCUGUCCAAACCUGUUUGAAAUAAUCGUGCAGAAUUCACUGUUUUCCUGCUCUAAAAACUACUGCUACAAAAACUUCAGUGUUGAUCGGCGCAACACUGAUUUUACUCAAAACGAUCAGUUUCAACGAAUUUGGUGCAGUUCACCUCCAGCUAUUUGCGCUGCAUGGAUUCGGGGUGGCAGACUGACGCUGCGUAUAUGGACCUGAAGGCGGGAGUUCAGCAGGGCAGUAAUAUUGGCCCUUUGCUUUUCUCGAUUUACAUAAACGAUGUCUCGCUGUUGCUAUCUGCCGGCUGUCGCUUAUUUUUCGCAGACAACACAAAAAUUUACCAAAUAAGCCCUCUACUGUUCGCUGGUACGAUCAAUUUUGGAGUCGAAUGCUGUCGUAUGAAGCCCAUUCCACGUCAGUUGGAUCGCCCGAAUGGAAGCUAUUAAAAAUUGUUACAUAUGCACUUCGGUUCUCCAGGUGGUUCGACCCGAUGAACCUGGCACCGUACGUGGAACGUUGCCGUCUUACGAGAGAUAUCGACUGGCCUGCUCUACUAACUCAGCUAGAUUUGUACGCUCCUGAGUGGUCACUCCGUCAACGCGAUUUUUGUACCUGAACCCACGAAGCACUGACUAUGCUUUACACGAGCCCAUUCGUUCAAUUAGCCACCAACUAAAUAAGUUUUUAAACCUAUUUGAUUUUUAUGUUUCCUCGGACGUGUUUCGUCAAUGGAUGCUCAAUUUUUUCCGCACCUGUGAUCGUUUCCAGUUAGGUUAAGUUUUAUUCAUUGAUACAUCAUCUGUCAGUAGGAUUUGAAAUAUUAUAAAUAAAUAAAAAAUAAUUUCCGACGGGAAUAUUCCAUGAAUCUAACGGGAUUUCCAAGGAUUUCCAAGGAUUCCUACGAGAAGUCUUCGGGAUUCGAACGGGAAUGUUUCAGAGAAUCCGACGGAAAUGUUUUAGGGAUUCCAAUGAGAAUCUUCUAGAAAUUCCGAAUGGAAUCCUUCAGGAAUUCCGACGAAAAAAACACAAGAAUUCCGAUGGGAAUGUUCCAGGAGCUCCUAAAUGCAUUCUCCAGGGAUUUCAUUGGCAAUGUUCCAGGGCUGUAGAAGCAAAUCGUCGAAGGAUUCCGAAGCAACCUAUCGAGGGAUCCCGAAACAAAUCGUCGAGGGAUUCCGAAUCAAUCUUCCAGGUAUUCCAAAAAAAAUCUUCCAACGAUUUCGAAAGGAAUCCUUCAGGGAUGUUGCAGGGAUCGUUGAAGGAUUCCGAAGCAAAUCUUCCAGGGAUUCCGAAGCACAUCAGUGAAGGAUUUCGAAGCAAAUCGUCGAAUAAUUCCGAAGUAACUCGUCGAGGGAUUCCGAACCAAAUCAUUAAGGGUUUCCGAGGCAAAGCGUCGAGAGACAAUCUUCAAGGAAUUCCGAAGGAAAUUGUCGAAGGAUUCUGAAACAAGUCAAGGAAUUCUGAAUCAAAUCUCCGAAUGAAAUUAAAACAAAUCUUCGAACGAUUCCGAAGCAAAUCAACGAGAGAUUCUGAAACAAAUCCUCCAUAGAUUAUGAAGGGUAUCCCCCACAGAUUCCCAAAGGUAUUCCUCAAUGAUACCAAAAGAAAUCCACUUUGAAUUCUUCCGGAUUCCGGUUGAAACACUUCAACAAACAACUUAGAGAUUCCAAAGAGAAUUAUUCUCAGAUUCUGAUGGGAAUUCCUCUCGAAUUAUGAUGAGAAUCCUUCUUGGAUGAUGAUUGAAAUCUUUCUCUGAAACAAGCUCAUUUGUCCACUCAUUUCAUUAUGAUAGGAUGAAUAUGGGAGAUACUUUUUGUUGCCUUAAAACCUUUUCAGUAAUUCAUUAUGCGAUAUGUUAAAUAUAUGUUUAGGGGCCCUUCGUAGCCGUACGGUAAUGUGCGCGGCUACAAAGCAAGACCAUGCUGAUGGUGGCUGGGUUUGAUUCCCGGUGCCAGUCUAGGCAAUUUUCGGUUUGGAAUGCAGAUAUGGUAACUUGGCUUAGAAACCUCGCAGUUCAUAACUGUGGAAAUGCUUAAUGAACACUAAGCUGCAAGGCGGCAAUGUCUCAGUGGGGGAUGUAAUGCCAAUGAAGAAGAAGAUAUGUUGAAAUUCGAUAUCAUUGCUAACUUUAUAAAUCCUAAGGGGGCUAAUUUUUUUCUAGGAAGUGCUAAGACCCCUUAUUAACGCCAAUGCCCCCGCUACUGUUUCUAUCUCGAAAAUUAGCAUGAUUGAUGAUUCUUCUGAGUGUUCACGUUCACCAUGGUUCAUUCGUCUUUUACACAAAAGUUUUCCAACUGCAGUAUCACCAAUGAAUGACUCUCCAGCUUUCUUCUUCAUCGUCCUGCAACAGCGUGAUCCGCUUGCUCGUUAACAUUUCGUAACAUUGGAUAAAUAUCACUAUCAAACGACAUUUUGGCCUCGAUUUGCCUUUGGGAGGAAUCUCUCGGUCCCUGAUGGAAUCCCGCGUAAACCUCAAGCGGCUGAUUUUGAGUCAACGACGUCUCCCGGAGUGAGCACCUAAGGCUUCUGUCUGCUUGGUCCCAGAGAUGUUUUUUUAGGGAAGAAUCUCGCAUGAUGGAGUCUCAAUGCUAAACAAAUUUGACCUACAGUUUUUUCAAGUCUCUAGGGCGGAUUACUAAUGCGGUUAUCAAGCAUCACGAUAACGUGGCAGGUGGACGAUGUUUGCGAAACGAUGUGGUCUCGAAGACGGAUGGUGCUGAGACGUGUCGAUAUUCCUCCAGGCAUCCACCUGUCGAGGUAUUCUCGAGCUAGGAUACAAAAUUGAGUUUACCGCAUUGCUAUGCAGAAUAACUGGAGCCAGAAUGCUGGAGCCAGAAUGCUGGAGCAAAGAGUUAGUUGGGUUUCUGAUAUUAACGAGGCAAAUUGAUUGUCAGCCCGUAGACUAUGCCGAUGAACAACUAUAUUAGUCGGCCCCCGAAAACUAUAAUCAAGAAAAAAGCGUAGAGAAAGUUACUGCAACCAUAUGUUUGACACGACCACUGAAAGAACAAACACAUCAGUCCGUUCAAUUUUCCGGCGAUUACGUGACAUCAGAUCUUCGAGUAUAAUAGCGAUUUGCGCCGCUUCAGUAGUCCCCAACAAUUAUUCUAUCUUUUCUGUCAAAGCUGCACACUCUCUGAUCUUCUCCGUUUAUCUCACACACGAUUCGGCCCCAAGUGCCACUCAGUUUAUCGUCGAUGUGUGUAAUCAGUCAUAGUGAUUGCCUUUAUCUCACCCACCCAUUCAAUUAAUUUGCGCUUUCUACAAAUAUAGAAUUCCUCAAAGUAGUUUGUGGUUUGUGAACUACAUGACAUUUAAAGACGCGACGCGAGACAAGAAAUAACACUUAUUGUUCUUACAAUCGUCAAAGGAGUUGAAAAUUAUUUUUUCGUCUACCAGUUUCGGGCUCAUCUUCAGCACAAUGUCCGACUGGUUACUCUUAAGUAACUUGUGUUUUAUAUAAGAUAUGCGAGGCAUACCUACCCUUGAACUCUAAUAUGCACAGUACAUAUAUUGAAUACUAUAGAUAGUAGAAUCUAGUAUCUAUAUUGAAUACCAAUUAUGUACCAAUAAUUCAAGCAGAAUGUUCUGGGAUUCUUUUGCAGAUUUUUUUUUAAUUCCUUCAAAACUUUUGUAAGAUUUUCUGCAGGAAUGAAUUUCUCGAAAAGUAUUUCGUUUAACAUUUUCAAAUGAAUUUCUCCAAGAAUUAUUGAAUUACAAGACUACAGAGUCCUCUAGGGUGGGCGCCUAGCAGCCGGUUAGUUUUGCUGCCAUAAUGGUGGCUUCUUUACUGGAGCUGGUGCGAAUGGCAGAAUUAACCCGUAGAGGAAACACCACAGAUUCAGAGUCACCAUGACCAUUAUGGUGUUGCCGCUGGGACCGGUACCAAGUUGGAAAAAAUGCAAUGACCGCAAGAUGGAAUCAGUCUUACACAACGCAUUGCUCGGACGCAAUCUCAUUAUCGAGCGAUUUUCUGUGCCAUGUUUUAAAAAAAUCGCAUUUCAGAAAAGUUAUGCCACUCCUUAAACAGUAUUACGGGGCCCAAUCUCACUAGUGAACCAUAGUGAAGAGAUAUAAGUUCUAUUCAACAGUUAUUUAAUGAUUGUUUAUAAUUUGAUUUUUAUUCCAUUGUUAUGUAUAGAGCUUUUAUGAAUUCAAAUGAUAGAUAUGUUGAAUUAAAAAAACAAAGCUUGAGAUUCUGUAAGUAUCAUCAUAAUAAAUUUUAAAAAGAUUUAUUAAAAAGCCUUUCAACAAAAAAACACGUGAGUAAGAUUGAAUGAGAACCCUAUAUAGUUAGUAAUUGAGUGUUUUGAGGAGAAAAGACAAUGAAGCAGAACUAUAUACACUAUCACGACAAAGUUGAACUCCCAAAUUCUCACCAACACUCAUCACAGUACACCGAAAUCAGAGUCUAUACAAGCGCAGAUCACAUCGUAUAUUAUAUAUUUACUCUAUAUAUUACUAGUUGUAAUAAGAAUGGAAAAGGAACAAACAUAAAACAUGAAGUCGUAUUAUUAAGUGUGUUUCAAGCUAAACUCGUCCAAUUUGAGUGUUGUUAAUUUUUCCAACCAGAAGCACGAAAAAAGUUGCGCAUCAAAUCGACCUACUCAUUUUCCUCACAAGACCUUCUCUAAGAUCACUAUUUACUGACUGUUGUCAUCAUUACUGUCUGGAAGUUGUUACAAAAAAAAAAACUCUUUGAUCAAAAUCUAACGCUAUCCGUUGUAUUUUUCUCCUGCUUGUCAUAUUUCGAGGAAGAAAUAAAAGUUAUCGUACGAUUUUAAACGCAUCACAACAAUUUUUCCUAUCACAAUUAAGUGGAAAACGGUUAACAACGGUGGGAUUAUUUUUUCUAAAGUUAGAGAUUCGUACGCAGUCCCUGAUUUUCGAGACAGUAAUUAAGCCAAGUUGUAUAGAUGUUGUAUUCGAAUCAAUUUCAAAUCUAACAAAAAGUGAAAAAAGUCAAAUUUGUACUGUAAUCAUUUUUGAACAGACAGUAAAAAAAAGAAAACAUUGAAAACACACCCAAAUACAUACGGAAACAAUACAAAGAAUAAAUAGAUAACACGGGAGAGUCCCCUCUAUAACAUUAGUUGUAAUAGUGGUUAAGGCAGCAAACAGAUCCAAAGAUAGGCACACGUAUUUGAUUCCCGAACGGAUAUUGACGUUCGGUGCUGUUAUAAUAGUUUUGACUCAAAUAUGAUGAUUUAGCGAUGACUCAUUGACAAAACUUUUUUCAACAUUACAUUGUCCUAAAUUUAGUAUCUUAGGAGUGAGAGCAAAUGCACUAAUUAUAAAUGUCGAUUGAUAUUUAUUAAUGAAUGUCAAUUAACAUUUUUGUUAAAUAGUAGCUCUCACACUUAGGAUGGUGGAGAUAGUCAUUGUAAUGUCAAAACUAAAGUUGGUAUCGGUUGAUCAAUAUACUCGAGUCAAAAUGAAUAUUAGUUCACAGCAAACGAUAAACUAGGAGGAUUAUGCGAACCGUGCAUAAAUGCGAUCAGAUUGUAUUUAGUUAUUACCGAUAAAUGCACUACAUUAUCAUGAAAAUGCAAGCAUGUUCGAACGACAUAAUAACAUAAACAAACCAAAAUUGACAGUUUCAAGAUUAUUUUAAUAUUGAAUAAUCAUUCCAGUAAUUCCCCCACCAGAUGAUUCCUCACCGUAUGCAUUCGUACUGUUUGAAUACGUUUCAAGUUUCGUCAUGAGCGCACAGCAUGAACACGCAGUAGGCUUUGAUAGAGAACCCCCAUGGCAACAACGAUACAUGUGACAGUUCACUUCGUUAAAAAAACAUGAAUGUGACGGAACAGGUUGCACAACCACUGAGAGCUAGAAUAGAGUAGCCAUCUUUCUCUCACACAAACACAGGGACUGAGUUAAGGUAAUAUGGAUGGUGUAUUGCAAAUUUGGUAGUUGUUAUGUACUGGAGUUAAUCUGAAUAUAAAAGGAAACAAUAAUUGUUCGAUUAUGAUGUUUUUGUCCCCUCAAACGUUGCCAUAAUUCCAAAUGUAAACAAGAUUUCGAAUCGAUUAAAUUUGAACUUUAGUUUGACUGUUGUAGUACUAGUUUCAUUUAUAUAAAAAUCUAAUCAAAGAGUCAACAAUUGAACGAAAAUGAAAGGGACGUAGCAAUUAUACAAUAUUAAAAUAAAUUGAAAAUAUCCUAAAGGACAAUACAUAGUAUUAAAGAGAAUAUAAAGAAACUUUAAACCCGAAAAAAGCAAAAAAAAACACUGGGAAGCGAAAAAAGACAUGUGUAUGAAAUAAUCCGUGAUUCCGUGCAUAGGUGUGUAAAAUUACGAGCAAACGGAAGAUUACCGGCAGCAAAUGAGAUCAAAUUUCAAUUCAAAACAAUAGAAACGAAGAACACCCCGUAGUUUCAAAUUUAGCAGAACAAAAUCCAAUCCAUCAUUCCGAUAGGUUGCAAAUCAAUAGAAAUCACAGUCGGUACGACAUCAGAAGAAGCGCGGCAAACUAUCGAUGAUUUGCCGAUAGCCGACUGCCGAUGCGAGUCUUAAAUAUUAAACGCUAAAACUGGCAGAUCAAAGACAAAACACUAAUAAUACUGCGAAAGAGUUACAGAAGAGUAAGGUCGUUAAUUGUGAUUCAUUAAAAGUAAUAUAACUAUAUACAUAAGAUUGAAAAUAAAGCUAACAGUGAACGAUUCUCAAAAUGGAA